AUGAGCGACGACGAGUCGACGAGGGACGCCGCGUCUUCCACCGCCGACAAGCCGUGGGAGACGGAGAAGGGCGUGCGCAAGAUGGCUGACCUCCUGCGCGGCCGCAAGGGCAUGCCGUCGCGCCACGCCGUGGAGCUGGGCAAGCGCGUCGAGUACUUUCGCGGCGACCGUCUGGCCACGUUCCUGCUGGCGAGCCCCAUGGCAAAGAAGUACUUUCCAGAGCUCAAGACAAAGGAAGACGUGCACACAGUGGGCCACGCGCUGGUGCAGAAUGGCUACAUUCACCGCUCGGAGCGCGACGCGAACAACAAGAAGCUGCUGAAGCCCACGACCAAGCAGGUCUUUACGCCGGAUGGGUACUACACGUGGAUGUACGAGGGGUCGAAGACCUUCCGCAACAUUUUGACUGCGCUGCUGAUCAUUAGCUUCUUCACGGUCACGUGCUUCCCCAUUUGGCCGCAGUGGGCCAAGGUCGCGCUGUGGUACUUGUCCGUCACGUUCCUGAUCUUUGUCGCGAUCUUUGUCGUCGUGCGCCUCGUCAUCUUCUUCAUCCUGUGGAUGAUUGGCUACGAGUACUGGCUCCUGCCCAACAUUUUUGACGACAACCUCUCGGUCGUGGACUCGUUCGUGCCUCUGUACUCGCUACGCUCGACGGAACCGUCGGAGCGCAUCUAUCGAGUUGUUGGACUGGUCGCGUUUGUCUGCUUCUGCGUCUGGGUGAAGAACCAGCCGACGGACUUUGACGACUACAUGGAGCUCACGAAGCAGUUUACGGACGAUAUUUACAGCGGCAAGCUCCUGAGCGAUAUGUCGCAGAAGGACCAGGAUAACAUCGAUGCUGUGAAGGUGCCGGAUCUCGAGGACCUGCUCAAGGACGACGAGGACGACGAAGGUGACGAGGACCAAGACGCCAAGUUUGCCAAGAUUUUAGACGAGGAUGACGACGAGAGCGAGAAGUCCACAGAAGCGGCGGAAGACGAUGAGGACGGAGUGAUAGACCGGGACUUGUAG